UUCCUGGCACCAAUGAAUGGAUGGGACAGUUUCUAAACUCACCAGCCUUGCGUAUUAGCUUACAGAUUACCUCAAGUUGAAUCAACUGGGGCCAUGGGUUACGACCGGCCUGCGAUUGCCCACGCACUCCUUUAAAUACAUUCAAAAAGUAUAUCGCACCUGCCGAUACACGAUGAAGCUCCUCGACUUGCUACUCUCACUUCUAAUACCCGGAUUGGUUUUGAUCCACCUUCUGGUUGCCCCUUACACAAAGGUCGAGGAGUCGUUUAACAUUCAAGCCUCCCACGAUGUGCUGGUCUACGGGACUCCGACCUCCAACAUCAACGAGAAACUGAGCGGUACAUACGACCACUUCACCUUCCCAGGGGCCGUCCCGAGGACAUUUAUAGGGCCUGUCCUUCUGGCGGGGAUUAGCCAACCCAUUGUUGCCCUCGUCGGUUUCGACAAUGCCCAAUUCGUCGUCAGGGCCAUUCUGGGGCUCUUCAAUGCCGCCUGUCUCCUGGUACUGAAGCGGAAUCUUGCGAGGGCCUUUGGUACGCCAACGGCAAGAUGGUUCGUCCUCCUGCAGGCCAGCCAGUUCCAUAUAAUAUUCUACGCUUCGAGGCCAUUGCCCAAUAUGUUUGCCUUUGGAUUGACCACACUGGCCUUCUCAUUCCUUCUCCCUCAUCCCAAAUCGAAGGCCGUUAAUCCACGCCAGCGGUUGGCAAUUUCUCUCUUUGUCUUCGCCGCCGUCAUAUUCCGCUCCGAGGUUGCCCUCCUGUUGGCAACAAGCGCUCUCUAUCUCCUUAUCAUCCCACAGACUUCUCUCCAGAAGCUGAUACCACCGUUUGUGAUAUCGUUCAUCAUGGCGCUGUUAAUCUCGGUGCCCAUCGACUCCUACUUUUGGCAGAAGCCUCUCUGGCCCGAGCUCUGGGGUUUCUACUACAACGCUAUCCUCGGCUCGUCCUCCAACUGGGGCGUCUCGCCCUGGCACUACUACUUCACCUCGGCCCUUCCCCGGCUUCUCGUCAACCCCUUCGUCCCUCUCCUCCUCAUCCCCCUGGCCCUCUCCCAGCCGGCAACCUCUCACCCAGCCGGCCACCUCGUCUACCCCUGUCUCCUCUUCACGGUCAUAUACUCUCUCCAGCCCCACAAGGAGGCCCGCUUCAUCUUCUACGUCGUCCCGCCCCUGACCGCCGCGGCCGCCCUGGGCGCCAACUUCCUCUUCGCUCGCCGGACCAAGUCGCCGCUCCUGGCCCUCGCCGCCCUCGCCCUCGCCGCCUCGGUCGCCCUCUCUUUCGCCGCCAGCACCGCCAUGCUCCUCCUCUCGGCCCUCAACUACCCCGGCGGCGAGGCCCUGGCCCACCUCCACACCCUACUCUCCCCGCCAUCGUCCUCCUCCUCCCCCUCCUCCUCCUCCUCCUCCGUCGUCCCCGUCCACGCCGACGUCCUCGCCUGCAUGACGGGCAUCACCCUCUUCGGCGCCGCCACCGCCGGCGCGGGUCUGCCCGCCCUCCGCGGCGCCGCCGGCCCCGUCGGUGGCGGUCACAGCAGCAGCAGCAGCAGCGACGGCGCGACCCUCGCGCUCGACCGGACCGAAGACCCCGCCCUGCUCAGAGACCCGACCUUCUGGCAGCGCUUCGACUACGUCCUUGCCGCCGCCGACCCGCCGGCGGCUGCCGCCCGCGGCGCGUGGGACGUCGUCGGCGUCGUGCAGGGGUACGGCGGCGGCGGCGUCGAGGUGCUCCGGCCGGGUGAUGACUCCUCCUCCUCUGCUGACGAGGGGGGCGACGACGUCGUCGUCGUCGGGAGGGGGGCCGUGGUCGCCAGGGUGAGGGAGACGGUGCGCCGGUGGACGGGGGGCUGGUGGGUCGGCCCCAGGCUGGUGCCGCGGAUCAGGAUCCUGAGGCGGAUCAAGGAUGCCGAGAAGGGCGGGGUGGCGGUCAAUGAGUGAGGGGCCACAUGGCUGGCCCUGGUGUGUAUUGUGUAUUGUAAGAUGGUGUUUUCGUCGCACAGGACAUCGGGGAUGAGGUCGGUUCACACAAAGACGAGGCAGUCGCACAGGCGCAGGGCGUAUCUUCCAUCGAUAAUCAUUGAUUGAUAGAGGCGGAACUGACCAGCCAGGCACCAAAAUAUACUCCAACGUCUAUGGGACCCCCAAGAGCCAGGCAAGCCCCCUACUUUG